AUGAAACACGGACAACCGAGGACAACGACCAUUCUCCCUUUUCAAACAGGAGCCAUAAACUUCUACUUCUUGUUCUCUUUCUUUAUCAACACUUCAUUCAUUCCAUAAACAAUGUCUGCUUCUGAAGCAGUUGUUCAUGUGGGUUUCCUCCCUAGUGCUGGCAUGGGUCACCUCAACCCAUGUCUCAGACUAGCCGCAGUGUUCCUCCGCCAAGGUUGUAAAGUCACUCUCAUCACUCCCAAACCCACUGUAUCCAUGGCUGAAUCAGACCUCAUAACCCGCUUUUGUUCUUCUUUCCCUCAUCAAGUAACUCAAGUUGACUUCAACCCCGUUCCAUUGGAUCCAACCACAGUUUCCACCAACAUUGACCCUUUUUACCUUCAGUUUCAAACCAUUCGUCAUUCCAUUCACCUUCUACUUCCAAUCCUAUCUUCACUCGCAACACCACUUUCUGCUUUCAUAUACAAUGUUUCCUUAAUCUCCGCUGUAGUCUCAAUUUCUGACAAACUCUCUUGUCCCAGUUACAUUUACUUCACCUCUUCAGCUAGAAUGUUGUCUUUCAUUGCAUGCGUUUCUGUUCUUGCUGAUUCCGAUCCAGCUGCACAACCGCACCCUUCUAGGUUCAUUGGUGAUGCUGUUCAAGUCCCGGGCUUCACAUCACCGAUACCAAGAUCCUCGGUCCCUCAAGCUUUUCUUCUUGAAGGUAGCAACUCCUUUCAGAGAAUGAUCAUGGAGGACAGUCGAAACCUCACGAAGCUCGAUGGGGUUUUGAUAAACUCGUUUGAGGAACUGGAAGGAGAGGCACUAGCAGCUUUGAAUGAAGGAAAAGUGGUUAGAGGGUUGCCUCCGGUGUAUGGAAUCGGUCCCUUAAUGGCCUGUGAGUUUGAGAAUGUGAAUGAAGGUCAAAAGAAUGGCAUGAGUUGGAUACUGGAAUGGCUUGAUGAACAAGCUGAAGGGUCGGUGGUGUAUGUUAGCUUGGGGAGCAGAACUGAGACGAGGAGGGAGCAGAUAAAGGACACGGCUUUGGGGUUAAUAGAAUGUGGGUAUAGUUUUUUGUGGGUGGUGAAAUUGAAGAGGGUUGACAGAGAAGAGGAUGAGGGUUUGGAGGAUGUGUUAGGGAGUGAGUUGAUGGGUAAAGUGAAGGAAAGGGGUGUGGUUGUGAAGGAAUAUGUGAAUCAGAUGAAGAUUCUGGGGCACCCUGCAGUGGGGGGGUUUGUGAGUCAUGGAGGUUGGAACUCAAUAACUGAGACCUUGUCGGAAGGAGUGCCUAUUCUGACAUGGCCUCAGUAUGGAGAUCAGAAGAUGACCUCAGAAGCCAUAAAGAUGAGUGGGGUUGGGAUUUGGGCUGAGGAAUGGGGGUGGGGGACACAAAAGGUGGUGGAAGGGAAGGAGAUUGCUAAGAAAAUCAAAGAGAUGAUGACCGAUGAGUCUUUGAGAGUCAAAGCAGGAGAAAUGAAGGAGGCAGCAAGGAAGGCUUGUGGUGUUGGUGGGAGUUGUGAGCUUAUUAUUAAGAGAUUAAUUGAGGAGUGGAAGAGGAAUGCUCAAGUCAACUGAGCAUUGCAUUCACUACUAUUGUGCCUAAGGAUUCUGAGAGAGAGAGUAUUGGUUUGGGAGUGAUGAAGGUGACUUUACAACCAUAAUGGAGAAACAAUGUUGCUAUUCUGGGAAAUGGGGAGAGGUGAACCAGGCCAGCUCUUGGAGGGAAAGUCGCCUGAACAACAGGUUCAGAAGCUGAGAUUCUUUUCUGUCUGUAACUCAUUUAGCCAGCUCUAUAGGAUUAACUAACAACAAUAAUGGUAGUGUUAAUUCUUCAAAGGAAAAUACAUCUAUGAAUGAAAUUUUUCUCAGCUUAAAUAUAUUUUUAGGAGUUUACUUUCUUUGCGAAGAUUUUCUUAAUAGUAAAUAACGACAAACAGAAACUAGAAACUUUAAAAAGACUCUAAAUAGAAAACAUCUUGUUUAUUCAUUAUUUAUAGCUCAGUACAUGGAACUGAACUUGAGAAUAAUCUUGUACGAAAAGUGCAAGAUGUGCCAUACACUUUACUCAUUAAGAUUUUGAUAUAAUUCAACAUUUAUUAUUGAACCUUUUGGAACUGCACUUUGUAUGGCUCAGAAGUUAGAGCUAAACGCUUGCCAUAUUGGUCCUGAUAUAUUCCAAUAUCACUGCAUGGAUAAUUGCAAUAAUUGCACACACUUGGACAAUAAACCAUCUUGUAAGCAUCCUCGUACUUCUCAAUCUUGAACCAAUUGCUGAUGGUUUGAGAGCCAGGGUUGCCCAAAGAACCACCGGUUGUGAGAAACCACUGUGAUGUUGAAUAAUCAUAGUCCUUAAGCUUCCACACUGUGGACUGUGGACAAGUUGUGUAGGUGGAGAAAUAGAUGUUGAGAUCAGUGGAAACGCGAAUGACACCUUUCUUAUCAUUAACAGGAAGAAAGCUCAAUUGGAGGCCUUGGUAACCAUCAACAGCUACAACAUCAAGAGGGCAAUCUUGACCUGUGGUUGAGAGAGCAAGGCCACCUACAUCAGCGGAUGCUGGAACAAUGUAGUAAUUCUCACCAGCUCUCACCUUCUUUCCUGAUGUGUCCACAAUUUGCUCUGGUGCAGCACCUGCUUCCCCAAGUAAUGCCUUUGUGCUCAAGGCAACCACUAGGAUCAAUGCUACCAAUGUCAUCUUCAUUUUUCCCUGUUUAACUUUUUCUUCUUGUAACUCCUGUGAGAUGGAUAUGAAAGAAGGGUGAGAUUUACCUUUAUAUAAGUCGGGGAUGGAUCUAAAUCUAUGUACCCAUUUGCACCAAAGUCCUGGAUUUCUUCUCUUACAAUUGGCCUAUAUAGAGUCGAUUUUGUCAAAAGAAUUGUGUAGUUCACAAUGCUGUGGUUGGCAAGAUUUAUACGUUUCUGAAGUUAUAAUUUGGUUUAUACUCACUCUUCUAGAGCCUAACUUCUUGUACCAUGUUUAAGACUUGAGUGAAAGUGCUUCGUUUGUUUAGGAUGUAAAGCAAAAAGAAGCACAUAGAUUAGUGUAUUUCCAUCUUUUAAGCUCUGUAUUGUGAGAUUAAUGAAUAUCCUGUUUUUCUCUC